AUGGCGGAUCUCCAGAUGGUUCAGGGGGCUCCAACCCUGGCUCUGACGGCACAACUACUCCGAAGACUCCUCCAGAAGAACAAAGGUCGUGCCUCUUUGAACCUCCAGAACUUUUUACUGACGGCGAACGAGGAGGAGAUCACCAUACCUAGGGAUGUCGUGUACGCAGCGGCCAACGAAUAUAUUUCGCGAAAUCUUGGAAUCAGCAGCAUCGAUCUCCAGUUUUCUGUAACUGUAACAGAUGUAAAUGGCGAGACUGCAACCGGAACACUCAAGCUAUCCCUGACACUGGAGCCCCCCACCCUGACUCUAAAGUCGAAGGACAACUUUUCGAUUCAUAAGGGGCAAAGCAUUGAUCUAUCGGUGACAGCUGACUACUGUCCUUUAGUUGCUACAGCGUUCGACUCUGGUGUACUCAUACAGUGGACUGCCAGCUGUGCCGACGAUUCCCGCACAGCUGAUCAGUUGCUAAGCCUGAGUUCUGACCAGACUACAGCAACAGUGAGGCCCUAUACGCUGACCCCGGGAUAUAAGUACAUUGUCAGCGUCACUUUCCGCUAUAGCGCAAAUGCCAGUCUGAGCGACACAAAAAGCUUUACAAUCAAUGUGGGGACAGACCAGGUCAAGAUACGUUUCCAGUUUGCCCCCUACCCUGAGGCCACAUCUUAG